AUUCACGUAGUGAAAAACGUAUGUUUCUUAUAUGUUAACUUCCUUUUUGCGUUCAGGAAUAUUUAAUUUAUACAGUAAACAAGAUUACAGAAUGUUGGUUUCUGCUUUAAUUGUUAUGGAAAUUAUCGUUACUGUUGAAGCAUGGCCAUGUGUAUCACCAAUCAGAAAAAUGUACAGUCGUGUCAACUCUGAUGCUGCUCUUCAGUUUUCUGCUGACCUUACAAAUCUAAAUUCACCAAGAAUAUUUGAUAUCAAGUUUCAUGAUAAUAGUAUCAAGGCUCGUAUAACAUACAAUACAGACAAGAGUUCAACAACUGACGCGUUGUCAGGUUUCAGUAUAACAGGAAAUAAUGCUGGCAAUGUUGUUGUUACAUUGACUAAUGUUCAACAAAACAACGCUGGAGUUUACACAUGUUCCGCGACAGGGUUCUCAACAAAAUGUAACUGUCUGUACAUAUUAGGAGCACCAAGAAAGCCCACAGUAACAGUAAAUAAAGCACCGUCAGUUGGAGAGAGUGUAACAUUAACAUGUAGCAGUACAUCAACAACCACACCCAGUAACCACAGCCUCAGUCUGACAUACUCCUGGAGAGUUGACACCACAGACAAUCCAGGUGGCGCCAAAUAUACAUACACUUCUAGUAAGGAUAAACUUACUGUAAAAAACAUUGUAAAGGAGGAUGUCAAUAAACAGUUUACAUGUACAGCUACAGAAGUUGCAACUGGGGGAUAUACAUCUAGUAGAAGUGAUACGCUCUCACUUGAUGUUUAUUAUGGUCCAGAUAAUGUUGCAUUUAGUCCAAGUGAAACAAGCCAUGAGAAAGAUGAAAAUGAAAGUCUUAAUCAAGUAACUUGUACAGCAACCUGUCAUCCUACAUGUAGUUUUACGUGGACUAAGACAGAAACAGGAACACUUGUUAGUAGCUCAGCUUUAUUAAACCUUGGGAGGCUUCAGAGUUCAGAUGCUGGAACAUACAGAUGUACAGCAACAAGGACUGGUGGUGCAUUACAAAGCAAAGAUUUAACUGUGAAUGUAGUUUAUGGACCCAGAAAUAUAUUCUUCCACCCAAACGAUGUGUCAUAUCGACACGAUGAAAACUAUAACCUAGCACCAAUCACAUGUGGGGCAGAUUGCUGGGAAUGUAGCUAUAGUUGGUCUGGACCAAAUUCAUUAAGUGUUUCUGGAGCAGUGCUUGACCUGAGUCCAUUAACAAAGUCGAUGGCUGGAACAUAUACAUGUACUGCUAGAAAUGUUAAACUGUCUCAACAACCAUUACAAACAAAACAGUUGCUAAUUGAAGUUAGAUUUGGUCCUGAUUUGAUAAAAGUAACAAAUGGGAAAUCAGUAUAUACAGUUGAUGAGGGAACAAUAUUACCCGAUGUUAAGUGCGAGGCUGACUGUUUUCCUGUAUGUAUAUAUAAAUGGACAAAAGAUGGUCAUAAUAUCGUCAAUACAGAUACUCUGUCAUUGGGCCAAGUACAAAAAUCAUCAGCUGGAAAUUAUACAUGCAGGGCUACUAAUGGAGACAUGCAGUCUAGAUGGAAGGAAAAGAGGGUUACUAUUUACAUUAGAUAUGGACCGUACCAGUCAUCAACUACAUUAUCACCAUCAGCACAAAAUUACACCAAAAAUGAAGGACAGAGUCUAAAUGAUAUCAUUUGCUCUGGUGACUGCUAUCCUGAUUGCACAUACACAUGGAGAAAGACAAUACAGACAACCACAGUCAGUAGUACAAAUGUUUUAUCUAUAGGGAAACUACACCGUGAAGAUGCUGCAAUAUAUACUUGUAUAGCAAAAAAUCCUGAAAAAAGUUCAUCUUCAACAACAACAAUACAAACUAUUGUCAAUGUAAGAUAUGGACCUGAUUCAGCUGUUCUCAGCAAAACAUCACCACAUAUUAUAACAGAAGGGGAUACAAAUGAAAAAAUCGAAUGUCUUUCAGAAUGCUAUCCAGGUUGUUCUUAUAAAUGGACAAAUAGAUCCUCUGCUAUAACUUCUGAACGUGUACUUCAACUAAACACUGUGUUAAGAGAGAAUGCCUGCGAUUACAAAUGCAUUAGUACCAAUACAGCAACAUCACAGUUCCCAAAAUCUGCAGAGGCAACUAUAAAAAUCAUUGUUCAAUAUGCCCCUGAUGUAAAUAUCAGUCUGUCAACGACAAGUGUCAAAGAAGGAGAAAGUCUUUCAUUAUACUGUAACGGCCAUGGUGUACCAUCUAGUUACAUCUACACAAGUUUAUUUCAAAGCUGGAACAAUGUUGCCAUACCAAAUAACAAUACAGUUGUAGAUCAUACAGAGAAGUAUAGCUCUCUUUACUUUAAAUCGCUCCGACUUGACGAUACAGGGACAUACACGUGUACAUUAAACAAUGGAAUAUCAAACCUAUCAGGAAUACUUGACCAAAGUGGUACAAGGGAGAUAAUUGUACAAGAUUAUUUUACAUUGCAAUUGAAUACUGAAGGUGGUCUCUCACCGGGAGUUUACACCGUUAAACAUGCAGAGAAGUUUGAACAUGCUCGGAAGCAUGCCCGAGAAGUCAUCAACUUACCAUCCACAAAACGAAUUAUUCUGAAACAAGAACGCUUUGUAAAUCAAAUGACUGAGGAAUCUCUAGAAGGCGACUCUUAUAUUAGGCUG